AGCAACAGCCUAUACCUAGCUCAAGUGAAGUGAGCUGAGCGAUCCAGAUAUAGAGGAGAGAGAGCUAGGCAAUUCAGCAAUGGCAGAGAGGGUGACCGCGAUGGCGUCGCAGGGCACGGUGGUGAUCUUUGGGGCGAGCAGCUGCUGCAUGUCCCACACCAUGACGAGGCUCUUUGCGGAGCUGGGCGUCAGCUCUACGGUGCACGAGGUGGACAAGGACCCCCAGAGGGAGGAUCUGGAGAGGGCGCUCGCUGCCAUGGUGGGCCAGAGCCCGGCGGUGCCUGCGGUAUUCAUCCGUGGCGCGCUCGUCGGCGGCACCAGGCAGGUCCUGGAGCUGCACCUCGGCGGCCAUCUCGUGCCGUUGCUCCGCCAGGCCGGUGCCUUGUGGUCCUGAGGCAUUAUUAAUGAUAAUGGCGGAUGCGUACUUGUAUAGUAAUCUACGUGUGAUCAUAACCUCGAAAGCUAUAGCUAGUGAUCGACAAUACAGUACUGUGUGCCGCUUAUGUUGCAGUAUAUAAGAGAAGGAACAAUGCUUCUCGCUAGACAUUUAACCCAA